AUGAAUGGAACUGAUCCGAGUCGCCUGUUGAUCCGAAAUAAGCUCCUGUCAUAUUGCGGAAGAGAAAUGCAGAGCGUCAGGGCAAUUUUCAAUCAUAUUGAGGUCUGCGCUCAUGAUGGGAUAGAGCAAACGGGUAUGCUGUAUCUUAACGGCUCAGACCUUGAUGCCUGUAAUGAGCAAGAAAAGAAUCCUCAGGGGCCCGAUAGUCGCGGGAAUUGCCCUGCUUUUCAAUUAUCGAAAGCCGUUGUGGCUGCUACCUCUGCACGCCUCCCUUCUCAACGCCCAUUAUGUGGACUUGGCGCGUUGUUUCUUUCGUCAAAACAUUUCUGA